AUGGCGGCCACAUCCACGCCGCAAGGCACGCUACGCCAUCGUAACGUGCCCGGCAGCAGCAGCAAGAAAAAGGAUGGCGCCUCAUCUGAUACAGAUGUCGACAGCAUCCUCCAGGUCACUGCUGCAACUUCCAAGCCGGCCGGUUCGGGAUGGGACUACAAGCUGGCACUCGUCGUUAUCACGGCCCUCGCCUUCUUGACUAGAUUCUGGGGCAUCAGCCACCCCGACGAAGUCGUCUUUGACGAAGUCCACUUUGGAAAGUUUGCCUCGUACUACCUGGAGCGAACAUACUUCUUCGACGUGCACCCGCCGUUUGGCAAGCUCCUGUUUGCCUUUGUCGGCUGGCUCGUCGGCUACGACGGACACUUCCACUUUGAGAACAUUGGCGACUCGUACAUUGCAAACAAGGUGCCGUACCUGGCGUUCCGGUCGCUGCCGGCACUCCUGGGGGCGCUGACAGUGACGGUGACGUACAUGAUCAUGUGGGAGUCGGGCUACAGCCUGCCGGCGUGCAUCCUCGCGGCUGGACUGGUGCUGUUGGACAAUGCACACAUUGGGCAGACGCGGUUGAUCCUGUUGGACGCCACGCUGGUGUUUGCCAUGGCGUGCAGCAUCCUCUGCUACAUCCGGUUCUACAAGCUGCGGCACGAGCCGUUCUCGCGCAAGUGGUGGAAGUGGCUGAUCCUGACGGGCUUUGCGCUGUCGGCGGACAUGUCGACCAAGUACGUGGGGCUCUUCGCGUUCGUGUCGAUCGGGUCGGCGGUGGUGAUCGACCUAUGGGACCUGCUGGACAUCCGGCGGGCCGGAGGCGCACUGACGCUGCCGGACUUCUCGAAGCACUUUUUGGCGCGGGCGUUUGGACUCAUCCUGAUGCCCUUCCUCUUCUACCUAUUCUGGUUCCAGGUGCACUUUGCGGUGCUGACGCGGUCGGGCCCCGGCGAUGAGUUCAUGUCGCCGGAGUUCCAGGAGACGCUGAGCGACAACGUGAUGCUUGCGAACGCGGUGACGAUCCAGUACGGCGACACGAUCAAUCUGAUGCACAAGGAGACGAAGGCGUAUCUGCACAGCCACCCGGAGAACUACCCGCUCCGGUACGACGACGGCCGGGUGUCGAGCCAGGGUCAGCAGGUGACGGGCUACCCGUACAACGACACGAACAACCUGUGGCAGAUCCUGCCGGGAGACGGCAGCAGCCUGGACCCGGGGCGGACGGUGCUGAACCACGAACUGGUGCGGCUGCGGCACCUGGGCACGGACAUGAUCCUGCUGUCGCACGACGUGGCGUCGCCGUACUACCCGACCAACCAGGAGUUCACGGCGGUGCCGCCGGCCGAUGCGUAUGGUGAGCGGGCGGCCGACACGCUGUUUGAGAUUCGGGUCGAGAGCGGCAAGCCGGGACAGGAGUUCAAGAGCGUGUCAAGCCACUUCAAGCUGAUCCACAACCCGAGCAAGGUGGCGAUGUGGACGCACACGACGCCGCUGCCCGAAUGGGGCCACAAGCAGCAAGAGAUCAACGGCAACAAGCAGCUGGCACAGAGCUCCAACGUGUGGCUGGUCGAGGACAUUGUAUCGUUGGCGGCCGACGACGUGCGGCGGGCACGGCCAGAGAAGCUGGUCAAGACGCUGCCAUUCCUGCAGAAGUGGUUUGAGCUGCAGCGGUCCAUGUUCUGGCACAACAACCAGCUGACGAGCAGCCAUCCGUACUCGUCGCUGCCGUACCAGUGGCCGUUCUUGCUGCGCGGCGUCAGCUUCUGGACCCAGAACGACACGCGCGAGCAGAUCUACUUUCUCGGCAACCCGCUCGGCUGGUGGAUCGCGAGCAGCCUUCUGGCUGUGUACGCCGGCAUCAUCGCGGCCGACCAGUUCUCGCUGCGACGCGGCAUGGACGCGUUGGAUCACCGCACACGCUCGCGGCUGUACAACUCGACCGGUUUCUUCUUCCUCGUCUGGGCGAUGCACUACUUCCCCUUCUUCGUCAUGGGCCGACAGCUGUUCCUGCACCACUACCUGCCGGCACACCUGGCGUCGACGCUGGUGGCGGGCGCGCUGAUCGAGUUCAUAUUCACCAACGACGCGCCUGAGCCAGAGCAACCGACGUGCCAGCAGGUCAAGUCAGGCAAGAAGGCGGCGCCAGAGCCGAAGCGACACAUCUCUGCGCGUGAGCGGCUGGCCGGCCAGAGCCUUCUGGGCGCGUGGAUCGCGACGGCUGUCAUUCUGGCCAUUGUGGCGGUGGCCUGGUGGUUCUUCCUGCCUCUAACGUACGGCUACCCCGGCCUGUCGAUCGAGCAGGUCAUGCGGCGCAAGUGGCUGGGCUAUGAUCUGCACUUUGCCAAAUAG